AUGGCCACCCACGAAGUCCACCAGGACUACAUCCAUGACUCCGACCGGAGUUCAUUGAAUGGAGUCAAGCACGAUCCCGCCGAAUAUGUCGAGGCCCCUGUGACCGUGGGGCGAGAGCCUCCUCCGUAUGUCAAGUCGCUCAGUACAGAGGAGCGCCGGAUCGCGGAGAGGGCGUUGGUACGAAAGAUUGAUUUCCGACUUAUACCUACGAUUAUCCUCAUGUAUAUUUUGAACUAUCUUGAUCGAAACAACAUCGCGGCAGCCAGACUCGCUGGUCUCGAGGACGAGCUGAAGCUCCACGGCACCCAGUAUCAGACAGCUGUCAGCAUUCUCUUCGUCGGCUACCUGCUCAUGCAAAUUCCUUCCAACUUGUUCCUCAACAAAAUCGGCAAACCUCGGCUUUACCUCCCCACCGCCAUGAUCGUCUGGGGCACCAUAUCCGCCGCCACUGCCGGCGUCGAAUCUUUUGGCGGUCUUAUUGCUGUUCGGUUCUGCCUAGGUUUCGUCGAAGCGGUGUACUUUCCUGGUUGUUUAUAUUUUUUAAGUUCUUGGUAUACCAGAAAAGAACUGGGCUUCAGAACGGCAAUGCUAUAUUCAGGGUCGCUCAUUUCGGGUGCCUUCUCCGGUCUCAUCGCGGCAGGCAUCACUAAGAACAUGGACGGGACCGCAGGUCUCCGAGCUUGGAGAUGGCUCUUCAUCAUCGAGGGAUGCGUUACCAUUGUCAUUGCUUUCGGCGCAAUCUUCGUGUUGCCCAACUUUCCGAGAACCACCCCUUGGCUAUCACACGAGGAGAAACAACUUGCUGUGUGGCGACUGGACGAAGAUAUCGGCGAAGACGACUGGGUGGACAGCAAGCAGCAGACUUUCUUCCACGGAUUCAAGCUUGCGGUCAAGGACAUCAAGAUGUGGAUCAUGAUGCUCAUGCUCUUCUGCAUCGUGGCCUCUGGCUCUGUAACGAACUUCUUCCCCACCGUCGUUCAAACCCUCGGAUACGGCGACAUCGAGUCGCUCUUGCUCACGGCACCCCCCUACGUCCUCUGCGUCAUCACCGCAUUCCUGAACGCCUGGCAUGCUGAUCGUACUGGCGAACGCUAUUUCCACGUCACUGUGCCUCUCUACGUCGCCAUGGCGAGCUUCAUCCUCGCAGCCGCCACCACCGCCACCGCACCAAGAUAUGUGGCCAUGAUGCUGAUGGUUCCGGGCGUGUAUACCGGCUAUGUCGUGGCUCUGGGCUGGAUCUCCAACACCAUGCCCCGCCCGCCCGCGAAACGUGCGGCCGCCCUCGCCGCGAUUAAUGCGGUCAGCAACACCAGCUCCAUCUACGCCAGUUAUAUGUUCCCCAAGAGCGAUGGGCCGAGAUACGUCUUGGCGAUGAGUGUCUGCUCGGGCACGGCUUUCAUCGCCAUCUGCGCGGCGACGGUGCUGCGGUUGAUCCUCGUGCGGCUGAACAAGAAGUUGGAUCGAGGCGAGUGGGUUGAGGGAGCGAUUAACAAGGGGGCGCGAGGCGCGGGGCAUAAGCAUGAUCUCACCGUUCAAGAGGGAGCGAUUCCGAGUGAAGCCGCUGCGAGGGGGUUCCGAUUUUUGUUGUAA